UGUAGCUUGCUCGCUCGUUUGGUUGACAAUCGCGAUGUGAUGUAUCCUACAUCAUCGCAUGCUGAGUUAUAUUUUCAACAUAUCUUUUUAAUUUUUGUAUUAGUUAAAACAUUUAUUUCUAAAUGUUUUCUUUCGUCGUGGUCUCGUUUCUAUGUUUUGAUUUAUAAAUAUGUGUAAUUUGCCGCCGAAGUUCCAUUCAGUGUGUCGCCUUUGUUUAUCAUUCUGUGGCGAUAAUUGCAGUGAUGUUAAACUCCCAAUAUUCGAUCGUGAUAAGGAUAAAUCCCGGCUUUCCGAGAUGAUAAUGACAUAUUUGUCCAUAAUGGUAUCAUCAGAGGACAUGCUGCCGCAGGUGGUAUGUGGGAGCUGUGCACACAAACUUGAUGAGUUCCACACAUUCAGAGAACUGACACACAAGUCUGAGAGACUUUUGGAACAAUUUGUACAAUAUGCUAAUUCACUGUCAGGUCCAAAAGAGGAUAUCCUGAAUGUAACCGCCGACAAGUUGGAAGAAAUUAUUAAGUCCUUAAACGAGAAUGAUUACGACGAUCCCAUAAAGAGCAAGUACGAUGAGAUCGGCUCCCCGGACUCUACCGAGGAGAUGAAGAACCUGGAGAGUCGGCAGGCGGCUGUGACACUGCUGCAAAUAAAAAACUACGAUCCUACUAAAUACGCCGUCAAGACUGAGGAAAGUCCUCACAUAAUGUUCAAUAGCGUUCCGAGUUUACCGCCCGCCGACAGAGCGAGAGAGGUUAUGCAUUGUAAUGCCGUCAUAGAUAUAAUAAGCAAGGCUGUCGCGGUGGCACAGCGCGAGAACGUUGAAUCUCAGAACUACCAGCCGAAUUACACGGGCGUCAUAGACAGGACGUCCUCUACGGCCGCUGAGCUAGCGUACACGCAGGACUACCCUGAGGAGCAGUACGCUGGGUACAAUGCCGCUCAUGACGUCACCAGCCCCGGCAGCGAUGACGACAACAAGGAAAUGGACCUAUCUCUAUACGGAACCAUCAAGAACGAAGCGGUGGAACAGAACGAGCAGUGCGAGCGUGAUACGAGCGGCUUCUUACAGAGGAACCACGCCAGUAACAAAUCCAGCUUCGUCGAGGAAUACAAGCAGCACGUGUUCGGGCAAGCUAAGAAGCAUAAUGACAGCUCGCCCGUGUACGAGGAGUGCAGUCAGAGCAGCAGCGGCUCAGACCCUGAUAGACUACAGAUGGAUAUCUCUGAAGUAUCGCAGGACGACCCCGAAGAGACGCAAUCGGUGCCAUCAGCUCAGUCUUCCCCCAAGCCGCCUCACGACAACGAUACGGACAAGGAGUCCCUGUGGCAGGCGCUCCACAAACAGAACGGUCGUGGCGGCGAGGCGACUCACCUGCUGCGGAGGCUCAUCAACAGCAAACACCUGGGCAUGACGGUGUCCCCGCUCCGGGCCGCGCCCUCACCACUACCACAGACACACCCGCACACACACAACGGCACCGUGUCACCGAACGGUGAGUGGUCGAGUCCCACUCGCGGCGGGUCGGGGGCGGGCGCCGGCACAGCACGCAGGAAGCAGAGCUGCCCGGCUCGAGCACAACCAGCCCUGGACACCACCGGCUGGACCAGCGACCAGCAGGAGAGUCCAGAGAGCGCGUCUAAUACAACGUCAGGCGUGGUGUCGGGUGGGGCAAGGGGUCCUCGUGUGGAACUGUCCUGCAGUAACUGCGGCACUCACACCACCACCAUCUGGCGGCGGGACGCCCGCGGGGAGAUGGUUUGCAACGCGUGCGGUCUGUACUACAAGCUGCACGGUGUACCGCGGCCCAGCGCCAUGAGGAGGGACACGAUACACACACGGCGCAGGCGGCCCAGACACGACGGGAAACAUACUAGGAACAAGUCUCGUCGGAGCGGAGGCGGCGGUGAGGGAGGGGGGACAGUGGUCAGUACUGAGGGGGAGGUGUCACGCGGUGGAGGCUCGGGAGGGGGAGGGGGAGCCGCCGCAGGGGGGCCGUCUGACGGGGCCGAGGAGGCCGUGCUCGCAGCGCUCAGGAGACAGCUACAACCUCACUUGCUGGCGGCACUACACGCACACACACCCAGGGAACACACGCACACACGUACACAGGGCCGCAGCGUGUCGGAGUACGAUGAGGCGCCCCUGAACCUGGUGGCGAGUCACGUGGCCGCCGAGGAGACGCGCUGAUUCGAGCGCCCUAUGAGAUUGUACCUACAUACAUUAGUGAUUAAGGCCAGUCGGAAACAGAUCGUAUCGGCAUUAUAUAACUAGUUAGUCUUAGUUUAACGAUAUAUUGAAAUAUUUUUCUACAGCGACCUAUCUUUGAAUUCGAAGCAAUAAUGAUAUUAUAUAAAUAAGCACUGUUAUCUCGAGGUUAGUGUGUUUGAGGCUGAUCUCGGUAAAGAUCUGAUCGGUUAUGUAUUAUAUUUACGUACUAUAGUACUUAGGGCGGAUUGUGACGUCACUCGUAGUGCCUAUAGAAUAGGUCUAAUGGUACCAAUACAAAGAGAUUCGAAAUAUUUUUCCCUACAUGUGAUAUAUGCGAUGAAUUAUGAAUGUUGUGAAGAGUGGUUUUUUUUAUUAUUUUUUUUCGUCUACAUUGUUUUGACAGUUGACAGAUUGACAGUUGAUUGACAGCGGCUCAAAUUUAAUGUCAGACGAAUUUGAGUUAAAACUUGCCUUAAAUGCUCUCUCGGUAUUGAUGAAAUUAUAUUUACGGUUACCUAUUGAAGGAAGCAAGUAUUCAUAUAGGAUUAGGUUAGUGUUAAGAUAUUGUAAAUUUUUUUCUUUAUUAUUUACUUAGUUUUAAAGAAGCGUUAGUUUUUUUUUUAAUUCGAUAGCUAUUUAUUUCCCGUUUCGGUCAGUAUUUAAAUGUAAGUAUUUUUUUUUGUCAUCCGCCUGUACGAGAUGCGGAUUUAUGUAAUAUUUUUGGUGAAUUGUAGCUGUAUGUAGAUCGAAAUCUUCCGAUGACACGUGAUCUAACAAGUAGCAUUUGCACACAUUCAUGAUGCCGAUACACUAGUUAUAUAUAUAUCGGUAUUAAUUAUAUAGUUUAGUUGUAAUCGUUGGGAUUAUAACCAAUAUUGAAUUCCAUUAAGAAAGUAAUUUUUUUUUUUUCGGUAAUACAAACGCGAACAACCAAAUCGUCGUGGCAUUAUGUUGUAUACCGGAGUCACCUCAUUGUGGUCAGUGUUUUUUUUUUAUGUAAAUAUAUGUGUCGAAGGCGUAAAGCAUUUACAGCAUGUCUAUCUGAAAGCUGUUUUGUUCUCAAACUUCUAUUAUAAAAUCAUUCGAUCACCGUCCUUACUUAAUCUCUACUUAAUUUAGUAUUAAUUUAUUUAUUACGAAUCCCCACGGGCCAGUAAAGCAGUCUAUGAGACAUUGUGAUAUCUUUAGCUAGACCAAGUUCAUUUCUAAACGUGAACGCGACCAUAGCGGUCCGUUCGAAAACGUAAUUCUGUUGCAGCUGAUACAUAUUAUUAUAAAGUACCGUGUGAUUAUAUUAUAUUUUUUAAAAGAAAGCUUUAAAAAAUUGAGAUUAUUUAUCCUUAAUUAUUGGGAUCAGUGUACAGUGGACGUCAAUGUUAUAUAUAACUGUAUUGAUCGCUCUCUUCGAACUAAUGAGAAACUCAGUUCUUGACAAUAAACAAUUUAUGACUCGUAGCUCUUUGAAUAUAUUUUAUAAGGUAUCUUCGCUCUCUACGCAUCCAGCUCUCUAGCGUUUUAUUUUUUACACCAAUGUAUGUGAACAUUGUGAAUGUUCGUAUAUGACUCGGAUGUUAUCAGUGAUUACGUCAAGUGUUUAGUGAUGUGCUGUUUAUAUCGACGUAUCAGCAACACUAUCGCUUGCGGUAGUGAUACAGUAUUAUUAUUAUUUUUUUCAUUAUUAUUAUUAUUCUGUACAUUUGUUAGUGGUAACUAUUAUUUUUUUUUUUAGUUUUACAUAGUUGAUAUUCAACUCCGGUUUAGUAAUUGGUAUCUCCCGUGAACCUCAUAGAUGAUAUGAUAUUUAUAUGUAAUAAUGCGAUUCGAAAAUUGAAUAUGUAUUUGUAUGAAGUCGUUCAGGCAGCUGCUGACAUUUCAUUUAUUUAUUACAGUAAGUUUAGUUAUACGGAUAAUGGUAUUAUAUUAAAAUGAACAAUUUGUAUCGUGUUUACUAACAAGCCGGUUGUGUUGUGUGCUCAUCUAACAAGCAUGUGUUUGAGACUUUGAUUUCGUUUUUAUAGUCUGUGACAGACGGACCGAUUCUGUUCUAUGAUUUAUGCUGAACCGUCUUCUGUAACGAUACUGCUAUAAGACUGAAGGUCGCCACGGUAAUGUCUUCUAAAUCGCUGUAACAUCCAUCUGUCUCUGGAGGUGUUUUUGAUGUGUAUAAUUUUUUGUCAUGUGAUACGUUAUAUGUAUGUUUCCGAGAAGCAAUAAUAUUGUGAUAACUUGAUGUGAGCAGUUGUAUGUAACUAAAGCUGAUUUUGCUAAAAUUAUUUAAUGUGAAUGAAUGUCAAUUAAAAUACUCGUUCUAGUAUAAACUAACAAGUGACGGCUGUUUACAUUCAUGACCCUCGAACAUCGGACGGCUAUGUUGUGAGUUUCCUUCUAUUAAAAAUUUCCAUUUAUAUGAGAGUUGGCGUUAUGUAACUCUCAAUGUAUUCAGUGCUAAUACUAAUGUACCCUCACAUAAGAUAUGGACCAUUAAAUUUGUUGUUUAUUAUAUGUGACGUACCUUAAUUUUGUAAGCUUUCAGCAUAAAUUAUCCAAGAGUGAUGCGAGACACGUCUAUUGUAUGUUGUAUAGAUGAUAAAUAAUGUGACUUACGCAGGGAUGGAUACUUAAAUUAUUAAAUUUUAACUGAUAUAUUGGCUAUGUAGUGAGUAGAAUAUUUUUUUACAAAUAAAAUAUAGCAGCUAUAA